CCUGUUGAAGACACUCUUGACUUGAGGCAGUCUCGCAGAGAGUCUACGGCGAGAGAGAGAGAGAGACUCGGGAGUGAGAAAGUAAGGAAAAGACGACAAGCUACUGAUAAAAUAACUUUCCCAAGCAAAGUGAAGACGGAGGCAGACGAGACAAGGUCAUCGAACCAACAUAAUUAAACGGGGACUGUCAUUCUUUAAGAAAGAAGAAUAGACUUGAACAAAAGUCCUCACAAGAACUUAAAAGACAACUGCGCGAGUGAGAAAAAGUCAACUUUGAACAGAAUUACAAAAACCUAGCAGUGUUUAUUUUGAGGGGGGGAAAUAGUUCAGAGAUCAUUAACAAAACCCUACAAAAGUGUACUGCAUCGAUUUUACAAUCCUAAAUCACUAGAAAGUCAGAGAAACAGAAGGAGGGAGGUUUAAAUAUAAAGUACAAUACUAUUAGGAGAGCGCAUAACAAAAAAAUAAUAAUAAUAACUACAACACGUAGAAUGAAAUUGGUACAAUAUCACUGAAGAUUCUAACUGCAUCAGCUUGCUGACAGAUGUCUCAGGUGAGAAGUGAUCCUUCAAGCUUGCCUAAUUCGUCCAAUGAGGACCCUGGUGUGGUGCCGAACAAAGCCAGGCCACAGUGCGCAGAGGAAGACGAGAAAGCUGCCCAAACAGACAAUCAAGAAACUCACAAAGUUGUAGAGAAUGGAAACAAUAAUAAUAAUCUACUAGACGCUGGGACCCCUGACCAAACUGUAACAUGUCAACCUCAAGCACGUCCUACGCCGUGUAACACCACACUGGAAAGCCCGUCGGAAAACGAGGCCUUCUUGCAGAACGGGAUGAAGAACCUUACCCGGAAGAAUGGUGUGAAGAAUGGGAGCGUCAGCGCUGGCCAGACCCCCAGGGUCAUCUCACAGGGGGGCUCUCAGAAAACGCACCAGAAGCUGCAGUCCAAAAGUUCAAUCAGCAGCCAGAACAGCAAGAAAAGCCGGAGCAGCUCCAAGUCUGCAACGUCUCGGCUCCCUGCGGAGUCACAGGAUGACUGCUGUGUCCACUGUAUCCUGGCCUGCCUGUUCUGUGAGUUCCUCACGCUGUGCAAUGUCAUGCUCGACUGUGCUACCUGUGGGUCCUGCUCCUCGGACGACUCGUGCUUCUGCUGCUGCUGUGUGUCGGAGGAGUGCGGCGACUGCGACCUGCCCUGCGAUAUGGACUGCGGCCUCAUCGACGCCUGCUGCGAGUCAGCAGACUGCCUGGAGAUCUGCAUGGAGUGCUGUGGGCUCUGCUUCUCCUCAUGAAGAGCCUGCAGAUCACUGCACUGGGACCGCGGCACGAGCCGCAGAUCAGGAGAGCUCUCAAAUGGAACGGUGCCUCAAAUACAGUAUGGCGUGUGUAUGCACAGUAUGUACAUGCUAGGGUAUAUGUUGUGAUUUAUGAUUCAUGCAGAAUGGCCCUCAUGUGACCUGCAGGAAAGGGCCACUAUAAUAUGAGUUCAUAUUGCCUAAGGUUAAAUAGAUGACAUGUGGGUAUUUGCAUAUGUGCAUAUUGGUGUUCCACAUGGGCUUAGUGGCGAUUCUAGUACAGGUGCGUUUUUGUACCUGCACACAGACUUAUAUUUUAAAUUUAAUUUUAUUCUUUAAAAGAAAAACUUAAAAAAUGCUGCAAUAAUUGUUUGAUGUAGUAGUCAACCAAUCUUUCAAGACUGGAAAAAAGUUAAUCCUUUAAAAAACAAUUGCAUCGAUGUUUGUGUUUUUAAUCAAGUCAAAGGAUGUAUGACUGUUCUGAAUACAAAUAUAUUCAAAUUAUUGGUUGAGUGGAGGAAGGGGCAGGGUGUUGCUCAAGCAAGUACUCUUGAAUUGUUGUCAAGUAGACGUUGGUCUUAUCUUGUCAUUCCUUGGCUUAAAUGAUACAGUAAGAAAACUAAUUGUAUUGCAUAUGGGUUUACCUUGUUGUGUGGAGUUAUUUAUCUUUCCUAGACCAAGUCUGUAGUGCUCAAUAACUUACUGUAACCAUGGCUUAACCUUGCUUAAGUGUCGCAUCAGUAAAGCACAGUAAGCCUUAUUACUGUGCACAGCUCAGUGGUACUGUAGGUGUGUUACAGCAGAACUACUGCAUGCUUUUUCCAUUGACCAUCCGUGACUCAUCCUAGCUGUUUUAAUAGGGUAUUUAUUUACAACCAAUAUGAGUCAUUUGGGUUCGGGGCUAGCUAGGUCUUUUAUCAUGUGACUUUAGCAGACACAGGCAUAAACUGUUUUAUUUGGGAAACAACUUUGUGAAUAGGAUAGCAAUGUAGGUAUGCUCAACAGUGUUUAUUAUUAUUAUUAUUAUUAUUAUUAUUAUUAUAUUAUUAUUAUUAUUAUUAUUAUUAUUAUUAUUAUUAUUAUUAUAUUUCUAGAUAUAGAUCCAUGCAAAAUGGUUUAAUUUAGCAGAACAGUGCUUCUAACAAAACCCUCCAUAUAAUAUUCUCCUCCUCCUCCUCCUCCUCCUCCUCCUACUCUACUACUACUACUACUACUACUAAUAAUAAUAAUAAUAAUAAUAAUAAUAAUAUAUUCUUCAUAGUCUAACAAUAAUUACGAUCAAGGACCACACAUGUUACAAGAAAACAGAAUGACUGAAUGUGUUAUUAACAGAGUAUAUGUAUGUUAUCAUUUUGCUACUAAAAUGCAAAGCCAAUGUGCAUAUGUAUUUAAUGAAGUGUGUUCUUCUUAUAUUGUUAUUCGAGUUAGAAUCUUUAGGGGGGCUCAUUCUGUAGAUUUGUGUUGUAUAGAUUUAGGCUUAAAGUAUUGCUUUCUCAAGAUGUAAAUUGAAGCUACAAAAUGAACAUGUUGCAUCCUGUUGUAUAGGCACCUUAAUUCGUGUUUGUUAUAGCUUACUCUAUAUUAAAACAAAUAUGGUGAGAUUAACUUUUUUUUUCUUUCUUUGAAGCAUCAUGUAAAUAUCCAAGGAGAGGCUCAUCAAAUCCUCUCCAUAGAGCCACAUGCUUUUAAUGAAAAUUAAUUAAUUUUUUGGUUUAUGUGAUUGACAUUCUCUUUGUAGAUAUCUGUCUUAAUUGCCAUUUAAAUUACAGGAUCAUUAUGGGUGUGAAAUGACUGUGAUUAACUACUGCUGUAAACAGCAUGAACACCUCAUUAGAGUGCAUUCCUUGCUUGUGGGGGCUUGUUUAAACUUGAGGGAAGUGUGUAACGCCAUUGCACCGCGUUCAGAGUGAGGCGUUUCUGGUUCUUAACAUUAUUAAGAAGAUGGGAGCGCUUCUAGUAAACCUUAUUGCCUUGUCAUCCAGCUACACGUGGUAUAAAUAAAAAAAAAAAUCUUUAUUUUCAAA